CUACAAGUAUCGAUGCAGCUCGCAUAGAAUCGACAACCCAACAAACAACGCGAAACUCAAUUGAAAGCACGAAGUGGUGUUUCAAACCACUUCCUACACCAUGUUUCGCUCUCUCCCUCUACUCGCGCUGUCCGCCGCGGCAGUCUUCCGCAAUGCAGGCGCACAAGCAUCUUCCACCCCGAGCUUGCUCACCGAAACCGAGUCUCACGCCCUCCUCACACUGCACCGCCAGCUCGUCGAGAUAGAGUCGAUAUCGCAGAACGAAGGCAACGUCAGCGAUUGGCUGACGUCUUAUCUGCGCUCCAAGGACUGGACCGUGGAACAGCAGCACGUAUCGCCGAACCGGACCAACGUCUUCGCGUACAGUUCGAAAUCGAAGCGACACACCUCCAUCCUAGUAAGCUCGCACAUCGACACCGUCCCGCCGUACUGGCCAUACUACUACGAUGAAGAGAAGGACGUAAUCGGUGGGCGAGGCAGCGUGGAUGCGAAGGGUAGCGUCGCCGCGCAGAUCAUCGCUGCAGAGGGGUUGAGGGAGGGUCUGAUUGACGACAUAUCGCUACUGUUUGUCGUCGGCGAGGAGCAAGGUGGCGACGGCAUGCGUCUCUUCUCCUCAUGGGAGGACCGCCCUGGCGACUAUGAGAUUGUCGUCUUCGGCGAGCCGACGGAGGCGAAGCUGGUCUGUGGACAUAAGGGCAUAGUGGGGUUCAACAUCAAGGUCACCGGCAGGGCUGCGCACAGCGGCUACCCUUGGCUGGGUGUGUCCGCGAACGACGUCCUGCUUGAGGCGCUGGGGAAGCUGUUGAUCCUGAGGGAUACUGGGGGUCUGCCCUGGAGCCGCAAGUACGGCAAUUCGACGAUGAACUUCGGCAAGAUUGUCGGCGGUGUGGCUGGAAAUGUGGUCGCAGAGGCGGCGGAGGCGAGCGUCACCGUCAGGAUAGCAGCAGGCGAUCCGGACGUCAUCAAGCGCCUUGUCUACGGCGCGGUUGCCGACGUCAAAAAGAAGGCAGAGGAGCUAGGCGCAAAGAUCGAGUUCGACUGGACGGUUGCCGGCGGCUAUGGCCCCGUGGACAUUGAUUGCGACAUUGACGGGUUUGAGAAGUUUACUGUGAACUACGGCACUGAUGUUCCACACUUGCAUGGCGUCGAGAAGAGGUACCUAUUUGGCCCUGGUAGCAUAUUCGUCGCGCACUCCGACCAUGAGGCCUUGAAGAGGAAGGAACUUGAACAGGCUGUGCUGGACUAUAGGAGAUUGAUCAUCGCAGCUACUAGGGUUGAUCAUCAGGAGGCUGAGAGGAUCGAGAUGUGAUGGACGGUUGGGUUGAGAAAACUCACCAUGAAGGCAUCUUUUGCCAUGAGAUACUAUGAACAUAUAAAGGAUAUAGCCUACAUACUGAGGAUCAUUCAUCAGACUGUACGAUAUUGCAGUAGACAGUAGUCAAUCCAACCAUAAACUUCAUG